AUGGCGGCCAACAACAUGCUAGGCGCACAUCAGAUCUCGGACAUCCCAGAUGGCAUGUUUUAUAUCCCGAACUUCAUCGAUCAUCAGCAAGAAGCAGACCUUUUGAGCGCAUUGCCGUCGAAUCGCUGGAUCCAAUUGCAACAUCGUCGCCUACAGACACAUCCGUCCUCACUCUCCAAGACCAACAUUCUAUUAGAGGCUCCACUACCUUCAUGGUUGGUAAAUCCGAUCAUUACAAGAUUCAUGACACUUGGUCUGUUUAGCGACAGUCCUCAUCAAGGGCCGAAUCAUGUCUUGAUCAAUGAGUACGAGCCUAAUCAGGGUAUCAUGCCGCACGAGGAUGGUGCAGCAUACUAUCCCAUCGUGGCUACUGUAAGCCUGUCAAGCACACUAUGCCUUGACAUAUAUGAGAAGAAGCGGGACGAGGAUCAACCUCGCACUGAUGUCAGCCCUAAGUGGCGCGUAUUGCAAGAGCCACGCUCUCUUUUGGUCACCUGUGGAACCGCAUAUACCGAUACUCUCCAUGGCAUCUCAGAGAUCGAAGUUGAUGAAGACUUGAGACCCGACACUGUGGCGAACUGGACUCUUCUCGGCGACAAAAACAUUCUCGUUGACAAUGGCGGAAGGAACGUACGCACAACCCGGAUCAGUCUCACAUAUCGAGAUGUGAUCAAAGUCUCAAAGGCCGGAUCGAAAAUUCUAGGCAGACCCAGAGGCUGA